AUGCAGCGAAAGAGGCAUCAUCCCCCUGCCAGCCCAGGCGAGCCGCUGUUCGUUGCCAAACGGGCGCGCCUUACCGCCUCGCAGCGAAACGAAGCGAAGUCGGAAGCCGAAAGAAAGCUCAUCUUUGCAGACGACGACCUCCUCUCAUCUCUUUCAGAUGAACUACUGCUACGCAUAUUGUCUUUCUUGCCAACCUCAAAUCUCCUGGGCAUAGCACCCGUGUCCCGCCGCUUCUACCGCCUUUCCUCCGAUUCCCAAUUAUGGCGGACACUGUACUAUCACCGUUUUGUCUUGCCCCGCGCCUUGCGAAUACCCGGAUUCCGCGAUGGCUCUGCUCGAGAAAGCACCCGAAUACAUUACUCCGCCAGGCGAACGGUCUGGGCCGACGGCGGCUGGGGCCGGAGAGGCGGCUCUGGAGAGUUUGUGGACUGGAAGCGUCAGUACAAGCUGCGCCAUAACUGGGCCAGUGGGAAAGCAUCGGUCGAAGAGCUCAAGGUUGGAGAAGCUCCCUCUGUUUUUUCGGAGCCGCGGAAGACGCUCGCAAAAGUGGUGGAAGGCAUCGCCAUAACCGCCGAUAGUGUUUCUGGCCUGCGGGCGUGGGAUCUCAAGAUCAGAGAACCCAUCGCCCAGAUAGGGCUCGCAGAGGGAUCGGGCAAGACGAUGCCUACAUGUUUGGCUGUAGACGACCAAGCUUUCGAGAGCAAGAGGCUCGAUGUCUCGGUUGGUUUCCUAGAUGGCAGUUUUGGCGCCUGGAGACUUGACCUAGAAGAUGGCAGAUUUCUGAGGCGGUACAGGCAUGAAAAGUCCAGCAACGGCCGGCUGGUUGAGAUCGCCUACCGCCAUCCAUUUCUUUUGACGGCAACAGAAUCAGUUCUUAUAUCUUUGUACAACUUCGAGCGGCCGGCAUCGACGGAUCGCUCAGCGUUCCCAAGACAACACAGCGAGACAGCCAACCCCGAAGAAAGCGAAACAGACGCUGGUUCAGAAAGUGCAACUCUCCAGGAAUCAGAAAGCGACACAGAAGAAUUUCCCUUCCUGAAAGCUGGAAAGAGGCGAAACAAUCCACACGCCGUCGUCUCGCUGCCCGCUCCAAUCCUGCUAACGUCUCUCAAAUCGCACACGUCGCGAGCGCCGUUGGCUUUGUCGAUUCGUCAAAUGGCUUCGUAUAUAAUUGCAUCCAUCGCCUACACAUUCUCUACGUUGGAGGGAUGGUCUAUUGGGAUACAGGAUCUUCAGAUACGGCGCCAGGGCGCAGGUGGGCUGACCUCGUCCUCGAUUGUGUCAACUCGUUUGGCCUUCACCGAACCUGUCAAGGCUUCAAGUCUGAGUUCCUCGACGCCCUCGGCAGAUGUCCAACAACCACAUGCUUCAGCGCUAGGCUCCGAUGGCCCGAGGACACUGUGUUACAACCACCCGUAUCUCCUCGCCACGAUGGCCGACAACACCCUGCUUCUACAUGUAUGUACAUCAAAUGCGACAAAGCUUAAUGUAUCUCCAGGCAUCCGUCUAUGGGGCCACACAUCAGGCAUCAGCGACGCGGAAAUCACUGCACGGGGCAAGGCUGUGAGUGUCAGCUGCCGGGGCGAAGAGAUCCGAGUCUGGGAGCUCGAAGGACGCGUCAGUGGCAAAAGUAUCGAGAUACGACCGAGUUCGACCGCAAACGAGCCAGAAGUGCCACCGGCUCGCUGGGACGACCGGCGCAACUGGGUGGGCUUCGACGAUGAGAUGAUCAUCGUGUUGAAAGAAACCAAGGAUGGCAGAGAGAGCCUCGUGGUGUACGACUUCUCAUGA